CAAACAGUGAUCGAGCUGAGAGCAGGAGAUGCUAUACAAACUCACGAUUCUCGUCUGAGCUUUUUGCAAAGGCGAUACGAUGCUUUCACUUCCCCAGCUCGCGGUGGCGGGUGCGGCGCUCCUGCUCAUCACUCUCUUUCAUGCGCGGGGCUCGCAGGGCGCCUCCGUGCGGCAGCACCGGCUGCGGGGCGACGAGGCGGAGGGCAGAGCGGCGAGCCCCUUCUACGCGCCCAGCUACGACAUGGUCAAAGCUCUGGAGUACAUCGAGAGCCUCCGGCAGCAGACGGGCGAGGAAGAGGAGCCAGCUCAGGACUACGACGACGUGGAGAGGUUCCGCUCGCUGUCUCGGCUCGCACAGCUCCGCAACCAGAACCAGGGGCGAGGCGAAGCGGCGGCGGAAUGGCAAGACCAAAAGGCCCAGCAGUGGCUGAUGGCGCUGCUGAGAACGCUGCAGCAACAGGAGGGGAGUGAACCCAAAGAGGCGCCUUCGCUGCCGAACUCGCGCUACGCCCAGAAAAACAGGCAGUAUGUGGAAGAGGAAGACAGCCCGGCCGACGAGAUCAGCGAUUACGGGGGCAAUCCUAAACCGCACAAGAAGUAUCCGCUGAUGUUCGAGGACGAAACCUCUCAGGAGAGCCAGCACAAGCGCGCCAACGAGCACGCAGAGGAGCAGUACACCCCCCAGAGCUUGGCCACUCUGCAAACCGUCUUCGAGGAGCUCGGGAAACUAUCUGCUUCCAAGAACCAGAAGCGCGACAACCCGGACGAGGAGUCGAACUUCUACAGAGGGGAUGACGACGACAUGUACAACGUCAGAAGUCUGGCCUACGAGGAUGUGACGGGGGGCGAGGACUGGACCCCCAUGGAGGAGGUCGAGACCGAGGAAGAGGUCAAAGACAGCCGGGAGGAGUCUGACAGGGGUCUGGACGACUACAACACCAAGCGGUCGAGCCCGCCCAUGUACGGAGACAAAGAGGACCCGGACGACAUCAACAAACUCGUGGAUUAUUACCUGCUGAAGAUCCUGGAAAAGACUGAGCGAACGGAGGAGAAAAGGGAACGAGAGGAGGAACAGAAAGCAAAAAAGAGACUGGCUCGAGUAAGCUACAGUGUCGACCCCUUGGCUUUUUAUCAACUGAUUGAAAUCUCGCGUAAACUGCAAAUUCCCCCCGAGGACCUCAUAGAGAUGCUGAAAAACGGGGAGAUCGAAAAACAAGACCGAAUGCCGGAGGCUGAGGUGGAGGCCGAGGGGGCGGAGGAACUGGACCAAGAUGAAGUGGAACUUCCACGGAUCGCCUCUUACAAUAGAGGCAGUAGCCCCGCUUCCAAAUUCUCCGGCAGACGGCUGCCCGACAGGUUAGCAAACAACAUUCCAGACGAAAUAAAUACAGAGGACAUUCUGAAUAUACUUGGGCUGGGAAGCUUGAGCAAUCAAAACGCAAAUUAUUUACUGAAGCAAGGCCAACCCAAGAUUACACCCUCGAGAUAUUCACCAGUCACCAGCGGCAGGCGGGGAAACUACAUUCUGUCUGAGCCAAAAGUUUCCAGCAAAAGGCAAGAGGACUAUGACAACACCGUGGACGAGGAUGAGCUGGCGACAUUCCUUGCCGCGAAGAUGUUAUCGCAGUAUCCCGACGUGAUGAAUAAAGUGGACCAAAGGCGCUCCUCUCUCGCUGGCGGUUCGCUUUCGUAUGAAACACCAGAGCAGGUAAUUAAGGACUACAUUGACCAACUGGAUAGCGAAAAGAGCUCUGCGACAAAAAGACAAUUAGUGACAGAAGAGGCUGACAAUACGAACACGACACAAACGCAGCGAGUGGAUGACGUCACCUUGCCUGAAAUGACGACCCUCCAGAAACCAGAGGCGGAGAAAAAGGAAGAGAAGGAACCAAACAGCAUAGCAGUAGGGGGAAUGUAGAAUAUGGAGGAAAAAACAUCGACAGUACGUUUUAAUGAAUAAGAAAACAUAGUAAAAUAUUUUUUUGGGAAAAGGUACUUUAUCUCAAUGUAAUUUGUAUAUGACACACUAGUCGGAGGUAGUACGGAGGAUAUUAUAUUUCUCGUGGUUUUUGGAUUUGUGGUAUUUUACAUGUUUAACUCGUUAUAAUUGGCUUUGGAAAGUGCAACCCCAAAAUUAAAUAUAUGACAGGUCCUCAGUGUCAUACACCUUGACGCACAGAGCUCAAGACAGAUCAGUGUUGAAUACUUACACUCCUGUUGUGUUUUUCUUAAGACCAUAUUU